UCAGUCUGAUUAUGCGGUUCUUGUGGGAAACAUAUUCUUGCGCACUCCGUCCGUCAUUCAUUUCUCGGCGCGUAACGAACCGCGACACAAUCCAACUUGUUGCGUGCUGAUAAUCUGAUGUGGAGCCAUCGGAUGGCACCGAAAAGGCGACCCAGCGUUGCUUCAUCAUCGCCGGUCGCCCUCUUACUAGGGGUGCUAAUUUUAUGCUGCCUGGCCACCAUUCCGCUCCAGGGAGCUCCAGCCCAGUGGGAAUCGGUUCGAACCUCCGCCUUCCAUCAGGUUCCCACGAAGGAGAUGUUCGAGUUCAUGCGGCGCUACGGUUAUCUGGAGAAGGGCCCGAUCCAGGCCGAAGCUCUUUACAGCGAGGAAGCGGUUGUUAUGGCGAUUAAAAGUAUUCAACGGUACGGAGCGCUGCCUGAAACGGGGAUGCUUGAUCCGCGAACAGUUCGACUAAUGUCAUCACCACGCUGCGGCGUUGUGGACCAGAUGCCGCACGAUCAAUCGAUGCGACACCGACGGUACGUGAUCGGGUCCGAGAGUUGGAGAAAGCGGAAAAUAACCUAUUUUAUUGCCAAUUGGAGCAGCAAAGUAGGUGAGGAUGCGGUCGCCAAGUUUAUGCAGCGGGCCUUCAACGAGUGGGCCAAAUACAGCAACCUAAAGUUUGUUAGAGUGUACGACCCCUCGGCGGACAUCAUAGUUGGCUUUGGCAGUGGGCACCAUGGUGAUAACUAUCCAUUCGAUGGCCCGGGAAACAUUCUGGCCCAUGCCUUCUACCCAUACGAAAUGCAGUCCUAUGGAGGUGACAUUCAUUUUGAUGAGGACGAAAAUUGGAAGGAGAACUCUACACACCUUUCCGACGGAGUGGAUUUCUAUUCUGUUGCAAUUCACGAGUUAGGUCAUUCGUUGGGCUUAGCUCACUCUCCGGUGUACUCUUCGCUUAUGUUUCCCUAUUACAAAGGUAUUACACAAGGAACCUUAGACUACGAUGACAUCCUGGCAGUAUACAAGCUCUACAUCCAAAACCCUUACAUCACAGACGAACCCUUCAACUAUCCGACCGAGGCAACCAUCGUCGAAGAAGAAUACGACGAGCCCACAACGCCGGCAGUAACUCCAGAACCCGCUCCAAGGCUACCCGACUUCGUGACGGAACCUCUCAACCCCAAUGACGUCCCAACGACAUCCGCUUCGCCGUACGACAUCCCGAUCACCUACGUUGGUGACUACACAACCGUGGACGAUCACCUGACGAGACACCACUACGAAGGUGUCACCCGGCCGGAGCUGCCGGAGUUCACGCAAAUGCCCAACGUUUGCGCGGGUGGAUUCGAUGCGGUUGGUGUGCUGCGGGGUGAAGUUUUCAUCUUCAAAGGGGCCUAUUUGUGGCGAUUGACGGAAAAGUAUCGGAUUCGGGAUGGCUAUCCCGUGCGAAUAUGGCAAGUGUUUCGGGGGUUUCCGAGAGAGGUGCAACGCAUCGAUGCCGUUUACGAGCGGGAGUUUGACAAUGGAGUGGUGCUUUUUUCAGGUAAGAACUAUUGGAUUUUUGACGGACUCAAUUUUCUCCAACCGGAAGCUCGCCCCAUCACGGAUUUCGGUUUGCCCGACAGCUUGGAAAAGGUGGACGCGGCUAUGGUUUGGUCCAAAAACCAAAAGACCUAUCUGUUCGCCGGUGAUCAAUUUUGGCGGUUCAACGAUACAACCGGGACACUGGACGAGGGUUAUCCUAUGUCCAUGGACCGCUGGUACGGUAUCCCAACCAAUCUGGAUGCGGCAACAUCCGUUGCCAGUGGGAAGACAUACUUUUUCAAGGGAAACUACUACUGGCUGUACAACAACGACCGCGUGCGACCUGAACGAGGCUACCCCCGAAAGGCCAGUAAUAUAUGGCUCGGCUGUCGAGUCGCUUAAUAUCGUUAUGUGUAUGAAAUAAAUGUGUCGA